AUGGCUGUCAAUAUGAGGAAAAGGGUCAAAGCAGCUUCGCAAGGACUGAACAGCUUCUGGCGCGCGAAACAGUUUCUGAUGAUCAUAUUGCCAGCCCAAUACCACCUCCAGCGAUUUCAGUUCGGCACUGUAUCGUUUUCUGUCCUGCAAGCAGAUAGAUCAUGCCUACUCCCUGGAAUUACAAUCCCAGACGCAUUCCCAGACCGUACUAGUCAGAUGCAGCAUUUGAGUUCCCAAUCCCCUCCAAUUGAGCGAUUCUGUGUUUCAAUGAGACGUCACGAGUGUCGCCAGGUUCAUGGUCGGAAACAGAGGUCUCAUGAAUAA